AAGCAAGGCAAAGCCAGCUAGCCACGGCCUACACAUACGCAGCUAGCUAUAGUGCAGGCACAUACAUAGUAGAAACCAUUUGGACAGCGAGCCAGGGAGUAAUGGAGACGCCCAAGCUGGCCGUUUUGCUCGCCCUAGCCAUGGCGGCCGCCAUGGUUAACCUUUCCCAAGCCCAGAACUCGCCUCAGGACUACCUCUCGCCUCACAACGCCGCCCGCGCCGCCGUCGGCGUGGGCGCGGUGAGCUGGAGCACGAAGCUGCAGGGGUUCGCCCAGAGCUACGCCAACCAGAGGAUCAACGACUGCAAGCUCCAGCACUCGGGCGGGCCCUACGGGGAGAACAUCUUCUGGGGGUCGGCCGGCGCGGACUGGAAGGCGGCGGACGCGGUGAAGCUGUGGGUGGACGAGAAGAAGGACUACGACUACGGGUCCAACACCUGCGCGGGCGGGAAGGUGUGUGGGCACUACACGCAGGUGGUGUGGCGCGCGUCGACCAGCAUCGGCUGCGCUCGCGUCGUCUGCAACAACAACCGCGGCGUCUUCAUCACCUGCAACUACGAGCCCGCCGGGAAUGUCAUUGGACAGAAACCAUACUAACUGUGAUUGCUCCGCAGUACAUAUAUAUAUAUAUAUAUAUAUAGUCCAGUAGUCCCUCGUUCCUUGCAUGGCAACACCCAUGCAAGGAUUCAUGCACGUUCCUAUCUAUAACUAGCUAGAGGGGCUGGGCGAGUAAAUAAAAGGAAUGCCGUAAUAAGCUAUGUAUUCUCCAUCAUGGACUAUAAUAAAUAAUGAGCCUUUUUACGGUACCUUGAAAC